GGUGUGCCACCCCUGCCCCGGCGCGGCCGUGGCAGGUUCCCGAGCGACGGGCUGCUGCUGCUGGCGCUGCUGCUGUACGCGCCCGUGGGGCUGUGCCUGCUCGUGCUGCGCCUCUUCGUCGGCGUCCACGUCUUCCUGGUCAGCUGCGCCCUGCCCGACAGCCUGCUGCGCCGGUUCGUCGUGCGGGUGAUGUGCUCCAUGCUGGGCCUCGUGGUGCGGCAGAGCGACCCCCAGCUCCGUGGCGCCGGCAUCAGGGUGUACAUCGCCAACCACGUGACCCACUUCGACCACAAUGUUAUCAACCUGCUGACCUCGUGCAACACUCCUGCCCUCAACAGCGCCCCCGGCUUCAUCUGCUGGUCUCGGGGGUUCAUGGAGCUGGGGGCGGCAGGGAGCCGGGCAGAGCUGGUGGAUUCCCUGAAAGCGUAUUCAACCCAUGGAGAAAACCUGCCUCUGCUGCUGUUCCCAGAAGAAGCAGCCACCAAUGGCCGAGUCGGCCUGCUCCGCUUCAGCUCCUGGCCGUUCUCAAUCUUGGAUGCGAUUCAGCCAGUCGCUCUGCAAGUUCAGAGGCCCUUAAUCACUGUGAGCGUGGCCGACUCCUCCUGGAUCACAGAGCUGCUCUGGACCUUCUUUGUUCCCUUCACAGUUUAUCAAGUAAGGUGGAUGCCGCCAGUCUCCAGACCAGCCGAGGAGUCCAGUGAGGAGUUUGCUCUCCGAGUGCAGGAGCUCCUGGCGGUGGAGCUGGGUGUGGUGUCCACACGACUCACAGCAGCUGAUAAAGCUGAGCACAUGAAGAGGCUGAGACAUGCCCCCCCUCGCCUCUUCACCCCAGCCCUGAGUCCGUCGCUGGGCGCCAGGCCAAGGGUCCCGUCCAGCCUGGCCAGCCCCGGACCCUUUGCUGCCGAGGAUGUGCAAAUCACAGGCAUGGCCCAGCGCGUCAAGGAGGUGCUGCCGCACGUGCCCCUUGGCAUCAUCCGCAGGGACCUGGCCCAGACCAACUGUGUGGACACCACCAUCGCCAACCUGCUGGAUGGGUGGGUGCCCUUCAUGCCUGAGGAGACGGUGGCAGCCGAGGACGCCCUACUCGCCCCGUCCACGUCCCAGGCUGCUGCUGGGCCCCUGUGCUCCACAACUGCAUCCCCCGCCGAGCCGGCCGUGAAGCAGUUUGCGAGGUCCUCUGUGCAGCGGCACCUGUCCCUGCAGGAACGCAAGCGGGCGCUAUACGACCACGCCAGGCGGAAGUACGCGGAGAAACACGGGGCGCCACUGGCCACUGGGACCCACUGACCGGAGUGCCCACUGCAUCUGCAUGCCCGCGAGACGGACCACCCAGUGCCCGGCCUGCGCCCCUCGCCACAGCCACCCGGCUCCCGCCCCGGU